AUGGCGAAAGCUGCGGGGAAAGGGCCGCCCUCCAAAGGUCUGGUGAGCAAAGGUCCAGCCAAAGGCAAAGGACGCGGCGCCGGUCCCCCGCCGCCGAGCCGCGAUGCGUCGACCCUGCGGCCGGGCGGCACCGGCGGCGCCACAGUGGCCACGCUGGCCACGGUGACGGCCAAGUUGAGACCUUUGUUUUGGCAGACGGUGGCGCAAGUUCCAGAAGAAAGUGUUUGGACUGGUGUGGGGCCCCCAGUCACCUUCGAUGCUGCCUUGCUGGAACGUCGCUUUGCGCUGGCGGAUGCGCGUGGGAAAAGUGCCAAGAAUGGAGCCAAUGGACAUCCCAUUCCAGGUGAAGAAUCGAGGAAAAAGCUACGGGUGUUGGAUGAUCGAACGUCGCAACUGCUGGCCAUUUCCUUCAACAAGUUGCCACCAGCAGAGCAGUUGACCAAUGUGGUGGACAACUUGGAGACCUUUCCGGAAGGCCUGUCGGCACCUGAAGCCAUAAUGGCUUUGAACACGGCUUUCUUGGAUCAACGCGAUGCGGUGGAGCAGCUGCGUCACAUGGAACUCCAGGAAUCAGAUCUCUGCCAGCUGGACGUGCCGGAGAGAUACUUGUGGGUCAUGGGACACAAGCCAUUGAUUGCUGCCAAGAUCUGCAGCGGCGCGCUAAUCCUGGGCCUGGCGCCUGAGUUGCCGGAAUGGCGCCAGGCUUGCGAGCGGGUGAUGCGAGGCUGUCAGAAGUUAAAAGCUUCCACGUUGGUGAGGAAGUGCAUUAGUACCUGCCUGGCAGUGGGAAACAUCAUGAAUCGCGGCACCACACGCGACGGUGCACGGGCUGUGGUGCUUCCAGAUGGAUUGCUGAAGUUGGAUGAGCUCAAGGGUCAGGGUGAGAGUGAAGGGACUUCUGGACAAUCCUUGCUGGACUUUGUGUCUGAGGCCAUCGUCUGGGAGGAAGUCAUGUCCGUUCGCUGCCAUGAGAAGCGUUUGGAGCUCCACCGUGAAGCGCAGGACCUGCAUGAUGCUUUGAACGCGGCCAAAGGCGUUUGCUUGAUGGAAGCGGAAACGAGCUGUCAGAAGAUUAUGGCAACGGCCAGGAAAGCGCAUGGCAACCUGAUACAGGAAUCCACCGUCAUGGACCAGAGUGUGGCUCGACUGAACCUCCGGGUGCAGCGCAUCAUGAAAGAGGCCAAGGAGACGUCUGAAGAAGUGGCAAAAGCCAAGGGAGAACUGAAGCAACAAAUGGAGUGGUUCAGCGCCAAAGCAAACAUCAGUUCGCAAGACUGGCUGUCGAGCUGGGUGCAGUUUCUGGAACUGCUCGCAGCUGCCAUCCUCCGCAUCAAACUCCCUGCAGAGCUGCCACUGCCACCGCAGCCGGUGGCAACGCAACCUGCACGGCAGGAAUUGAAGGACGUUACGAACAGGUGCGGAGUCGCGUCCGCGUCGCCGAAGGUCCUUGAAUCGAAAGCCGCAAUGCAGUUGGAUGACGAUGAACGGAUCGAAGUGCUGUUGGCGCGCAUGGCCCAAGCGGCGGUGCCAGGUGAUGCAGCCCCAAAGCCGGCGACCCGGGUGGAAGUGAAGACCUCAAGACUGAUGCCGGCGACAACGGGGCCGACGUCCACGUCCACGAUGCGCGGCAACGUAGUGCCAAUGAACACCCGGGUACCGAUGCUGUGA